AUGGUGGUUGGUUGAAUAGAGAGGUGCCGAACACGCGAUGACUUUUUGACGCGGCGGUCGGAUGACCCGUGCGGUCGGUCGACCCGUGAAAUACGUUAUUCCUUUCGUUGAUUGGUCAGUUGUUCGGCACGUGGUCAGGUCAUCAUGGAGUGAUGGUAGCUAACUGUAUUGGGUUUGGUGAGGUUACAUCGGAGUAGAUUGCAUUGCUGAUGCCUAUCAUCUACUGCGUGCUUGUUUGACUUUCUUAUCUCUUUGUUCGCGGGAAUGCUAGCGCUGAUAAGCACCACUAUUUCAUUUAUGCCCUUCCACUCUGAAAUACUCACAGAUUCUCUGCCACAUUGACCUGUCUGAAUCAUCACCACCCUGACAGUCCGCCUACCAUGCUCGUCCAGCUCUCAGAUGGCCAGGAGCCACCGCGCAUGCGUAUCCGCCAACUCCUCCCCGGCCUUGACCUGGGCACAUACUCCCCUGGGCCAUUGAAUUCCAUCACCGACGUACCCGGGGUAAUGGUUCAUACCCAGGAGAUUUUCGGGUCUGGAGGUGUCAAUACCGGCGCCACGUCUAUCAUUCCACGGGCAGAUUGGGCCACCAGCGCAUGCUAUGCAGGCAUCUUUCGCUUCAACGCCUCUGGGGAGCUGACAGGUGCUCAUAAUCUGCAAGAAUCUGGGCUGCUCUCCUCGCCUAUUGUCCUUACUGGGACUUAUGGAAUCGGGGCGGCCCACCAGGGCAUCCAUCAGUAUGCUGCCAAAGCGGAGGGUGACGGGGUUGACGGCCAGCCAAGUCCAAGAUGGUUGGUGUUGCCCGUCGUGGGUGAGACGCUUGAUGCGUACCUCCAUAAUUGCACGUCCUUUGCCGUAAAGCCCGAGCACAUUGUACAUGGCUUGGAAAACGUGCGAAGUGGAGAGGCGGUACGAGAGGGCAAUGUGGGUGGCGGGGUAGGCAUGAUCUGCCAUGGACUCAAGGAGGGCACUGGGAGCAGUAGUCGGCGCGUCCUCGGAGCCUACACGGUCGCGGCAUUGGUGCAGGCCAACUACGGCAUCUUGCGACAUCUGCGCAUUGCUGGAGUGCCCGUGGCCAGGCCAUAUACGAGGACGUCGCGCGAGCCAAAGCUCAAAAAAGAUGGUAGCAUCAUUGUGAUACUAGCAACGGAUGCACCGCUGCAUCCCUCCCAGCUACAGCGCAUCGCAAAGCGGGCAACUGUGGGCUUGGCUCGUGUGGGUGGCCAGGGACACACCCAAUCGGGUGAUAUCUUUCUUGCAUUUUCAACGGGCAACAGGAUUCCUGUCAACCAGAGCGAGAACGACCCCCGCCCCGUGACUAGGACGAUUGAAGUCAUGGACGAUUCGCCCCUUAAUGACCUGUUUGAAGCGACUGCCGACGUGGUUGAGGAGGCAAUUUACAACGCGCUUCGUAUGGCAGAGACUCUAGUGGGCCACCAAGGACAUACUGUCGAGGCCAUGCCUCUGGAUCGCGUCAAGCAGAUUAUGAGGCAGUACCGACGUGCGUCAGGCGACUUAGGAUGUGGCUAUCUUGCUGGGGGCACGUCUCUUUCGCCCCGUGGUGUAUUGCCAUCCAUGUAUUGGCGCUAUGAAGCAAAGGUUUACACGCACGGCUUGCUAAACUCUUCCGGUCCAGUCGGUAACUGA